AUGAACGAAAACGAGAAUAACUCUGGAGCCGGUAAUCAAAUCAUUCAAACGCCUGAUACAACUAUGGUGAACCGCUUCGCUUUAAGCGGCAUCACACACGACACCACGAAAUAUUUCCACGUCAUAAGCGCUGUGGACACUGGGAUCUUGUCACAAGUGGCAGAUAUCAUUCAAGUACCACCAGCAAUGGAAAAGUAUGUUACUCUAAAAUCACGUCUAAUUGAUAUUUACACAGAUAGUAAAGAAAAGAAACUGAGAAAGUUAUUUAGCGACGUCGAAUUAGGUGAUAGAAAACCAUCGGUACUGCUUAACGAAAUGCAACGUCUUAGAGGUAGUGCUUUGAGUGCUGAUCUAUUGAAGUCAUUGUGGCUUCAAUACCUCCCUAUAACCACACAGUCUUGCCUCGCUGUUACAAAAGGAUCAUUUAAUAUCUCGUUAUAA